AUGUCGCGCCUUCCGUCAAUGGCGACGAUCGCUCGGCCGCUCUCCUUCUCUAUAGCCACAGCGUUCCACCGUCCACCACACGCACUCGCUAGUCCCCAUCUAUGGCGCUAUGCGUCUGCACGUCGUGGUUGCGAUUGUCUUAGCGCUUUGUUCUCGACCGACAGUCGCGAUCGAGAUGACGGGUCGAGUCAAGACGAUGAUGAUGACGUCAACACAACGAAUAAGAACCAGGACGUGGAAGUCGUCCAGACUACUGAGCUGGUUACGGUAGGGGAAGGGGAAAACGCCCCAGUGUACCCUCAUGUGCUGGCUCUACCAGCGCGUCGGCCCUUUUUUCCAGGCAUUGUGUUACCCCUGACGAUUACGAAUCCAGAGGUUACCCGUGCACUUUUGGCGCUCAAAGAGAGUGGACAGAAGUAUGUUGGCGUGUUUUUGAAGCGAUCGAGUGGAGAUCUAUUGAAAGACAGUGGAGGGGACGACCUCGUUCGACAUUUGAGUGAACUGCACCAUAUUGGGAGCUUUGCACGCAUUGACAACUUACUGCCAUUUGAUACGAACUCGGUGCAAGUGUUAAUGGUGUCCCAACGCCGGAUUGCAAUUGAUAGCAUUCGGGACGAAGGACCUCCUAUUCGAGUGAAUAUUAGUAAUUUGGACAAUCCGCCGUUCGACCCGAAGAGUAAAUUGGUUCGAGCGUACUCGAACGAGAUUGUUGCCACGUUGAGGGAGAUUGUCAAGAUGAACCCGCUGUUCAAGGACCACAUGCAGUACUUUUCGCAACGGAUUGAUAUCCAUAAUCCGUACAAGCUGGCAGACUUUGCCGCUUCGGUGACAUCGGCGGAUGGCGACGAGUUGCAGCAGGUGAUGGAUGAACUGUCAUGUGAAGCCCGGUUGAAAAAGGCGCUGGAGCUCAUCACGAAGGAACUCGAGCUGAGUAAAGUGCAGCAGAUUAUCAAGGAACAGGUGGAGGAGAAGGUGUCAAAAAACCAACGCAACUAUUUGCUGAUGGAGCAAUUAAAGGCGAUCAAGAAGGAGCUUGGCAUGGAAAAAGAUGACAAGGAUGCCAUGAUUACAAAGUACCGUGAACGCCUUGCUGCGUUUGCACCGGGUAGUAUUCCUGACAGCGUCAAUGAAGUCGUGGAGGACGAGCUGAACAAAAUGUCUAUGCUAGAAAAGAACUCUUCCGAGUUUAACGUCACCCGUAAUUACCUGGACUGGCUUACCCAGUUGCCAUGGGGCAAAGCUACUGAGGAGAACUUUGAUCUUGCCAAGGCGAAGCGAAUUUUGAACGAGGACCACUUUGGUCUGAUGGACAUCAAGGAACGUGUUUUGGAGUUCGUUGCUGUUUCCAAGUUGAAGGGUGAUGUCCAGGGCAAGAUCAUUUGCUUUGUCGGUCCUCCUGGUGUGGGUAAAACGAGCAUUGGUAAAUCUAUUGCCCGAUCGUUGAACCGCGAGUUUUUUCGUUUCUCGGUCGGCGGUCUUAGUGACGUUGCCGAGAUUAAGGGUCACCGCCGAACUUACGUUGGCGCCAUGCCCGGAAAAAUUAUCCAGUGCUUGAAGUCUACCCAGAGCUCGAACCCGCUGAUUUUGAUUGAUGAGAUUGAUAAGCUAGGGCGUGGAUACCAAGGUGACCCGGCGUCAGCUCUGCUGGAGCUUUUGGAUCCAUCUCAAAACAGCGGCUUUGUUGAUCAUUACAUGGAUGUGCCUGUUGAUUUGUCUCGUGUUCUUUUCAUCUGUACUGCCAACAUUACGGACACCAUCCCCGCACCAUUGCUGGAUCGAAUGGAAGUCUUGCGUCUGUCAGGUUAUGACUCACCGGAAAAGCUGGCGAUCGCGAAGGAAUAUCUUGUGCCGAAGGCUCGUGAAAAAACGGGCCUGGAAAAGUCAGAAACCACGCCAGAGUCUCUGGGUCUGACUGACGAUGCAAUUAUGGCACUGGUGAAGCAGUACUGCCGCGAGAGUGGUGUCCGGAAUUUAGAAAAGCACGUGGAAAAGAUUUUCCGCAAGGUAGCCCUUGAGGUUGUUGAAGAUAUCGAGAGUGCUCAGGCUGCUGAGACGCAGAAGACUGGCGAAUCGACUGCCGGGACGAAAGAUGCAGAGGAGAUGUCGAAAGACAGUAACCGCUUUCUCAUUACUCCUGAGAAGUUGUCCAAAUACGUUGGGAAGCCCAUUUUUACAUCGGACCGCAUGUUUGACAGACAGUUUCCCGGUGUUGUUAUGGGACUUGCAUGGACGGCUAUGGGUGGAGCAUCGCUUUACAUCGAGACCAGUAGGGUUUGUACCAAGGGUGACCGCUCGGGUCUUAUCACUACGGGCCAGAUGGGAUCUGUGAUGGAGGAGAGUACUAAGAUUGCGCACACAUUUGCUCGCAGCAAGAUGCACGCUAUUGAUCCUGAGAAUAAGUUCUUUGAGGAGAAUGAAGUGCAUCUGCACGUUCCAGAGGGAGCUACGCCGAAGGACGGGCCGUCUGCUGGUUGUACGAUGGUGACGGCAUUGCUUUCUCUGGCUAUGAACAAGACUGUGAGGCCUGACCUCGCCAUGACGGGGGAGCUGUCACUCGUGGGUAAGGUCUUGCCCGUCGGUGGUAUCAAGGAGAAGACCAUUGCUGCCAAGCGGUCCGGCGUGAAUACGCUCAUCCUACCGCUCGGCAACAAGCGUGACUUCGACGAGCUUGAAGAGUACUUACGGAAGGAUCUCGUUGUGCAUUUUGCCGAUUAUUACGACGACGUGUACAAGGCUGCUUUUGAGCAGUAG